AUGAUUACUAUGGUAGUUAGUGAUGAUGAUGUUCAUAAAAAUGAAACUGUUGAAUUUACUUAUUGGCUUUACUAUAUGACUGUUUAUUAUGUAUUAAAAAUUAUUUGUGUUAUUAAUGCCUUUCUCAAUGUCCAACAAUAUAAACAACAAGAGCAACAGGCUGUUUCGACAACAACAUCAACUCUUGUUGGUAUGAAUGUAAUGGGCCAGUUGAUUGAUAAAGCGAAACGCGCUAUUGUCAUGCGAACUGUGAACAACGAGAAACUUCAACAAGAACAAACUUCACAAGAAAAAACUCAACAUCAAUCAUCACAAUCAAAUGUAACGAAGCCAAUAUUACCAAUACGAAUACAAGAACUUGAAGCUAAAAUUGAAAACCGUCCAACAAUAGUCGAUGAAAAAAGUCCAGCUGUUUUAAAGUAUCGAACGCCACAUUUUCGAGCGACAGCAACCGUUAAAUUUCCCCCAUUAGAUGAAGGUGAACAUUGGAAAAUUGGUUGGAUUCAAUCAUGUACUCGCAUGGAUUUCUUUAAUUCCUAUGGUGAUUGUGGUUAUUCAAGUUGGGAAUUUCCUCAAUUAAUGUCUGGUCAAAAUCCAAUGAUAUCCGAUUCUGAUGGACGUAAUUAUCCGUUUUACGGUUCGAAAUCUGAAGUUAUUGAAAUUCAGGGACCCUGUAUAGAUUAUACAACCCUUAAAGUUGUUAUGAACGAUAAUUUUUAUCCUCAUAUAACAUGGGAUAUUCCAACAAGUAACGAACGUUUAUCACGUUUAACAAGUGUUAAACGACAUCAAAGUUUUUAUACAUGGCUCGUUGCAAUGAAUGCACAAAAUGGUUCAAUACUUGUACUUAAAACAAUUAGUUGGCAAAUGAAUCUUGAAAUAAAUAUAGAUCUAACUAAACCUCAAGGUUCACGUGCAAUACUUGUAUCCGAUCCAAUACCAGUUCAGCCAGAAAUUCUCAAACAAAAUAUUCGCAUACCAACAUGUGUCCUUUAUCCACCCAAUGCUAAUAGUGCGCAAAUACUUGUUUGGCAUCCAGGUUGUCAUCUUGGUGAAACAAGUAAACGACCUGAAAUAGUUGUACCGCCAAGAUGUAUGCUUGUUUUAUUACAAAAUCCAUUCUAUGCUAAUCAUAUCCGGCACAAAACACAUACGUCUAUUCAAAAUAAACUUAAUGGCGGAAACUCUUCUUCUUCAUCGUCUUCUUCAUCAUCAUCAUCAUCAUCAUCUUCUUCACCAUCUCCAUCAUCUUCACCUUCGUCAUCGUCGCUAUCAGACAGUAGGAUGAAUAAUAAUAAUACAUCACAAUCAGUAACUAUAAAACCAUAUUCUCGUCUUAUAUUUCCGCAAAAUACAGCUACAUCGUCAUCAUCAUGUUCUAUAGCGCCUGGUAAUCGUUGUUAUAAUGGUAUGAAACAUAUGCUUAAUAAUCACGCGAAACUUGCUCAGGGCGUUAUGGUUCGAUAG